AUGGAAACGGCAGACGCCCGGCGGUAUGACGUCCCCGGCGAACUCGCGGCCGAGUUUACGCCCAACGAAGCGGACGAGCUCUCGGCGCUCUUCGAGUCGGCGGACGCCGAUGGCAGCGGCGCGAUCGAUGAAGCCGAGUUCAAAAAGCUCCUGGUGCGCAUGGACAUUCAGGUUCCGGACGAAGAAGCCGACAAGCUGGUGAUGGCCGCGGACACGAGUGGCAACGGCCUCGUCGAGUGGAAUGAAUUUGUGCUCAUGGUGCUGCAAGCACGGCGCGGCGACGGGCGGUUCGCCAAGCUCAAGAGUUUAGCCGACGCGCUCCAGAUGACGCCCAUCAACCUUCUCCAAGCCGAAGCCGAGCGGAAGGCCACCAAGUACAACCCCAAGACGUACCUCGUGUCGGUCAGUAUCGCCGCGCCGCACGAUGGCGGGUCGCUCGAAGUCUACGAGACGAUUGGGUUUUCGACGCGCGAAGCCAAAUUCAAGGCAGCCGAGCUCGCUCUAGUCAAGAUGCGCAAGAUGAAGCCUGGGUACGAGUUCCCCCUCGGCACGAUUCCCGACAAAUGGGAUGCGUGGGCCUUUGCCAACCUCGCGCGCCGCGUCAAGCCGACGACAGUAUUGACGACGUUGGUGCAGAAAGGGUUUGCACCGGCGACCAAUUUGGCCUUUAUGAAGCGGCUUUCGGUGCGGCUCUCGUCCCGGCGACUGGCCAAAAUGUCACCGAUGGUGCUCACGUCCACCGGCGGCCUUCCGUCGGCUUGGCGUCGGUGGAUCGACGACCAGCUCGCACGCGGCAUGGACGGCCGUCUCGUGCUCUCCGAGCUCCAAGCGUAUGGCUUUGACGAGGCGCGGGAUCUGCACACGACGCAGAUGCUGCAGCGGCGCCCGCUGGCCGACGUCAGCUACGACUUUUGGUCGUGUCUCCACGGGGGGGACCUUUGCGAGGUGCAACUGUUUGUUGCGGCCGGUCAUGACGUGAACCAAGAUCGUCUCGACCGCCGGUGCCAAAUCGCCUUCACACCGCUGCAAUUCGCUGCCAAGCACGGUUACGACGACAUUGCGCGCUUCUUGCUCCAACACGGCGCGCAGGUGAAUGCGGCCAACAGCUUUCGCCGGACGCCGUUGAUGUUUGCUGCGCGCCACGGUCACCCCAAAAUGGUGCAGCUGCUCCUUGACGCCGGCGCCUCGAUCGUCGCCAAAGACAACCUUGAAAACACGCCAUUACACCUCGCAGCGGUCGCAGGCUGCGCACAGUCGACACGCGCCAUUUUGACAGCCGAAGCCGCGUACAUGCGGGCGUGCAUCGUCAACACCAACGCUUCUCUGUGCUUUCUGGACGAAGGCCACGCGUUCCGGCGGGAACUCGCGGCACUCUACGACGUGAUGAUGGAGAAGAAGCUGCCGCGGAACGUCCACCGGCGCUUUGAGCAGGCGUGGAUCCCAGACGCGGUGGAUUGCGCGUACGAGCGCUUGUUCCACGCCAAAAAGCUCCCCGUUCUCAAGCCGUCGCGUGCUGUGAUCGACCGCGUCUUGCAGCGGUACCGGUACCUUCAAGACCAGUGCCCGGAUGCCCUUGACGAGGUCGAGCGCCAGCGGGUCGAGGACGCCCGCGCCCACGGCGUGCACAACGCAACCCACCUUCAGAUCUACUUGGAGGCCAUGUUCAAGGAGGCGUAUAAGAAUGCACCCAACCGCCAAGGCCGGACUGCGCUGCACUUGGCGUGCGACGAGAACCUUGUGUGCAGCCACGAGGCCGUGCUGCGGGUUCUGCUGAACACGUUUGGGUGCGACCCCAGCAUUCGCGACCACCUUGGGAUCGCACCGCUCGACGUUUUGAUACACCGCAAAGGGCGACCGGGGAGCCCCCCCGAAGACAAAAUAUUCGAAUCCAAAGUUCGAAGCGACCGCGCGGCGCGCCUGCAACACAACCAGACGCGGCGUCGGAACGAGCGCGACACGCACCGCCGGGGCUUUUUCGAGUCGCAGCUGCUUCAGCUGCUACCGAUGCACCCGGAAACCAACGAGAUUGAUCUGAGCGCGGCCAAAGAGCGCAGUCGUGUGACGCGUGAACUCGCCGGGUGGCGGGAAUACUUGGACCUUUCGAGCAACAACUCGUUCUACGAGCAUCCCGAGUCAGGGCACCUCACCCUCGAGAUGCCCGACGCGAUCAAACAGUCGAUCGCGAAAACCCUGCAGUGGUACACCCGCCGCUCCAACGGACACGGCUGGACAAUGCACCGCGACCGACGGCGCGCGCGCGUCUUCUUCUUCAACCAAGCCACAGGAACGUACCAGUGGCACCAACCCGAUCGCGUCGACGGCUGGGUCAAUACACCGCCGACGAUGCAAACCAAGUCCCUCGACGAGAGCGACGAGAGUGACGACGACGACGUGGCCGAGUUAUUGCAGAAAGAGCGGCUGCAAGAUGUAUCGCAAAAGCUCUUGCGCCGCCUUGGCAGCUGGGAAGAACAUCUCGACAGCGCGACGGGCGGUCGCGUCUACUGUCACUUGGCGACGGGUCGACUAACGCGCGAAAAGCCGGACGAAGUGCUCCACGAAGAGCUCAAGCGCCAGGCCUACACGCUCUUGAUCCAGUCGGCGCAAUAUAUGGACAAUGUCGGCGCGUGGGACAAGUACUACGACGAGACGACCAAGCACGUCUUUUACUAUAACCACGGGACGGGUGAAGGCCGGCACGAGUCAGAAGGCAACGAAGCGGCGUGGCGCGGGGAGGCCCAAGAUCCCGCCGCGACUGCGAAACAAACACGGCGACUUCGAGACGACGAGCUCGCGAAACGCAAGGAGCAGGCCGAGUGGGCCGAAGCAUUGCAGCGGGUCCACCGACGCGACAUCCACGCGACCGUACAGCGCAUCGUGCCGCUGGACGAGCACGCACGCCGGUUACAGCGUCUCAGCGCGGCCAUCGUGGACUCGAUCCACAACACGUACGCGACGCACUCGGUGGGGUACCGCGACGCCCGCAUCGAGUCGGAGCUGCGAACGCUGCACAAAGCGUGGACGCUCGGGCUCUUUGUCAGUCAAAACCUCGAGUUGCCGGUCGUGAUGACGGGAACCCGCGAGAUUGUGAUGGCCAUCCAAGCCGACGAAGACGAGAGUGCUGCUAUCGAAGACCAGGAUCGCCACCCAAGUCUCUCGGAGCGUCGCCGCGUCGAGCGUCUUGUCGAAGCGGCCAUUGCGCGCCUGGACGCUCAUUGUGGCCUUUGUCUCUGGGGCUGCCAUACGUGGCUGCGUCUCGGACUCGAGUUGGAAGCGCACGAAUACGACGACUGCCGACACCGACUCAUGCUGUGCCGACUCGGCUGCACGGUUGUGCACGAAGCGCACGAGUGGACCGCGCCCCAUGGUGUCGUGACCGAGAUGGUGUGGCACGAGGCCGACGAAUGCGACACGCGGCUCGUGCGCUGUCCAUUGGAGUGCGGUAUGUGGGUCGGCUUGGACCAGCUUGAGCUGCAUACGACCGAGAAAUGCGUGCGUCGCCCCGUCUCAGACCUCACGUGCCGACUCGGCUGCGGCAAGCAUUUUGACGGCGCCAACAACCAGAUCUUGGAGCUCGAGCAAGAACGAGCGUGGCACGAGGCAGAGCACUGUUCCUUGCGCAUUGUCAAGUGUGCGUGGCCAGAGUGCCACGAGACGAUGCUCGCAAAAGACCGCAAACUCCACCGACGCACGCACCUCUGCGCCUCGGGCAUAACCACGUUCAAGUCCGCCGGCGCGUUUGACUUUGUCGUGCCGAAAGAGGUCAAGCACAUCAAAAUCCAAGCGUGGGGCGGCGGUGGCGGCAGCGGACUUUUGCAUGGCUUCAAGAGCGGCUACGGCGGCGGCGGCGCCUUUGUCGAAGGCAUUCUCCCCGUCUUCCCCGGCGAGACGCUCUUGCUUGUCGUGGGCGGAGGCGGCCAAGGUGGCGUGUUUGGUGAAACCGCGCCGAGUGACACGGAGAGUGGACUGCCGCUUCUGACGCGCGCCGGCGAGGCGACGGGCGGGACCCCCGGCGGCGGCGCAGGCUACAGCGGCAACAACGAAUGGGCGUGCGGGGGUGGCGGAGGCUACUCGAGCGUGACACGCAAGGGCCCUCAUGGCCUCGUUCAACUACUAAUUGCUGGUGGCGGAGGCGGUGGUGGCUGUCGUGACGGUCUUGGUGGCGGUGGCUUGCACGCCGAAGACCGCGGUGAGAAGAGUGACGUCCGCAACGGCCGUCUCGGCUCACAGACGCGCGGUGGCGCUGCCGGUCGGAGCAGCAAGGAGAACGUCGCGUGUGCGUUCCCAGCCAGUGACGGCAGUGCGUACCAAGGCGGGCACGGCGCCGAGUUUGGCGGCGGCGGGGGUGGCGGCUUCUUUGGCGGUGGCGGCGGCGGCUUCUCCCCUGGUAUCGUCGGGGGCGGCGGCGGCGGCUCCUCGAACGUUGAGAAGACGAGCUUCACCAGCAUCCUCGUCGAGCGCUCGUACAAGCGCGUACCCGGUGGCCGUGAGAAACACCCACCAGCAGCAGAGCAGGGUGGCAUUGCCGGCGAAGGCGGCGCAGGCGUAUUGACGCAAACUUGCGCGGGCAACGACGGCUGCAUUCGCAUUGCGAUUCCAGGCUUUUACAGCGACAUGGACUUUGACACGGAAGACGACCGCAUGCGACUCGAGCCAGCCCCGUGAUGCCAU